GCGACAGACAGAGACAGAAAGAGAGAGAGAGAGCGACCCCGGGGGCACAACUCAGACACUGAAACAGUCAUCACCUUCCAAGGACCAGAACAACACAGGUGAGAGAGAGACUAGAGACUAACUGACCAUGGCGUCGUUCGAGCCUCAGGGCCAGUCUCCUCCUUGCUGUGGCCCCCAGUUCCCCAGCCUGGGCCAGGAACCUCCAGAACUCAGCAUGUACAGUGACUGCUACUACCCUCCUCCAUCGCUCCCCAGCCCCCAGCGCACCACCCCCACCUCCUACGACUACAGCACCUCCUCCCCCAACCCUUACCUAUGGUUCAACGGAUCCGGCAUCAACGCCCCAUACCUGGCCACCGCCGGGCCUCCAGGUAACCCCGGGCCCCCCUUCGUCCCCCAGCACUACGGGAUGCAGAGGCCCUACCUGGGGUCCGGCGGGGCGGGGGGCCCUGGGGGGGAGCUGAGCUGGUUCUCUCUGCCCUCACAGGAAGACCUGAUGAAGCUAGUACGCCCGCCCUACUCCUACUCUGCCCUCAUCGCCAUGGCGAUCCACGGCGCCCCGGAGCGGCGGCUGACCCUGAGUCAGAUCUACCAGUACGUGGCCGAUAACUUCCCCUUCUACAACAAGAGCAAGGCCGGCUGGCAGAACUCUAUCAGGCACAACCUGUCACUCAACGACUGCUUUAAGAAGGUCCCCAGAGACGAGGACGACCCUGGUAAGACUGACUACAUUAUGUGUUUGUUUUAUAAUAAGCCCACAAAAUAACCAAUCAAUCUAAGGUAUGACAAUAUUUGAUAGUUUAAUUAUUCAUUUUGAGUCUAACCUUGGCACCCAGAACAAUCUGCUGUUAAUCUUUGGUCAAGUCAACAGUGUACUUUUGUUGUGAUGUGUCUUUACUUUAGGGAGCCAUUGCGUCUUGCCUUUAGAGUGUGGAAUAGUCUUGUGAUAGGACGGAAUGCCUUUAGAGUGUGUAAUAGUCUUGUGAUAGGACGGCUUGCCUUUAGUGUGUAAUAGUCUUGUGAUAGGACGGAAUGCCUUUAGAGUGUGUAAUAGUUUUGUGAUAGAACUGUAGAUUAACUGUGUUUAGUAAUGAUAGUAGAUAAUGCAGUCAAUAGUCCAUGUGUCAACCCCAAACACAUUCUAAUCUAUUCCUACACCCCCCCCCCCCCCCCCCCCCCCCCCCUCGCUUUUUCCCUCACUCUCUCUCUUCCAGGUAAGGGUAACUACUGGACACUAGACCCAAACUGUGAGAAGAUGUUUGACAACGGAAACUUCCGUCGUAAGAGGAAGAGGAAGUCUGAUUCGCUGUCUGGAGGAGAGGGGGGGUCAGGGGGACUGGAGUCAGGUGAUCCCAACGACCGGGGGAGUCCCCAACCCCCCAGCAACCAUGGGAUCGACAUGUCCCCCACGUCAGAGAGAAUCCCCUCCCCUUCCUCCUCAGGACCAGCCCCUUGCCUGAGCAGCUUCCUGUCUGAGAUGUCUGGAGUGGCGUCUGUGGGAGCCAAUGAAAUCGGAGGAGAUUCACUGAACCGGGCCCUGCCCAUAACCCUUACCCUGGACGGGACCCAGAGGCUUACACAGCCUGGGGGUUUUGGUAGAUACUCCCCCACCUCAGGUGCUUCGGAGUGGGCUUCCCAGCUGGCGCCUCCCCCUGGCCUCUCCUCCUCGCCCACCCACUCCUCCCUGGGUUACAGCAGCCCCAUCCUCAGCCAGUUCAAUGGAAAUUUCUACCCUGGCUUGGGCUCAGCAAGCAUCCUAUACCCACGGGAAGGCACAGAGGUCUGA